AUGCUUCUUCCAGAUCCUUGUCCAAGUUCCUUGUUGCUCCAGAAGUCUUCUUCGAGACCUCGAGGCCCUUUAGAGACGUUUAGACCGCAGCCGUCCGCAGUCCUGAACAGUGUGAAGAGGUUCCUUCCACAGCUGUCAGCUGCUAACCAACAGCUGCAGAUGGCAGCACCUGGACAGCUGGACAUACAGAACCUGGAGGACUGUGAUGGGCCUGUCAUUGAAAUGGACCUUGCACUGAUCCCCACAUGUGAGGACUCAUCAUCAUCAUCUUCAGACUCAUCCUCAGAAGAAGAAGAUGAUGAAGAGCAGGAUGCAGGCAAGGUUGAUGGAGCUGACCAAUCAGAAGACAGGGAUACAGCAAUGAUGGGAGAAGUAACAGAACACAAUCUGAGGCUUGCCAAGGACUCCAGAAGGAAGAAACCAAAGAUAGAGGAGCUGGGGGGUGACCAGCCCAGAAGAUAG